AUGGAGUUAAUUCCGCAAAUCCCGCAUUUGCAGUCGUUGCUUCUGCUCAUUUUUGCGGCAUCGUUGUAUCUAGUCACCGGGGCAAUAUACCACCUCUAUUUUAGCCCAAUUGCACGGUUUCCAGGACCUAAGGUAGCGGCUCUUACUUUCUGGUACGAAUUCUACUACGACGUGAUAUGCAGGGGCAGAUACACGUGGAAAAUAGAAGAACUGCACCGGAAAUAUGGCCCCGUCAUUAGAAUCAAUCCCCAAGAGCUUCAUGUGGUCGAUCCAGCUUUCUAUGACACUGUUUACGCGGGACCGUCUCGGCGAACUGCGAAAUGGGAGUACUCGGCGCGCAUGUUUGGCACAUCCCUGGCAGCGGUAGGGACGACUAGCCAUGAGCUGCAUCGAUUAAGGCGGUCAGCUUUGAACUCCUUCUUCUCCAAACGUUCUAUAUCGAAGCUCGAGCCGACAAUCCAGCACGUGGUUGAUCACGCAUGCACCCUGGUGGAACGUACUGCAAGCACCGGAUGCGCAGUCAACUUGCGGAACUUCUUCGCUGCGUUCUCAGCUGAUGUGGUCGGCGAAGUCGCGUUUGGUAGCACCUAUGGCUUCCUUGACCGGCCCAAUUUUGAUCCUGGAUGGCAGCGGUUGAUGAUGGAUCUGAGCCGCGGAACGCACCUGAUGAAGCAGUUUCCUUGGGCAUAUGCGAUCCUGAAUUCGAUACCCGAAUCAUUGGUAUCGCUUCUUCAUCCGCUUACCAAGAGGCUCUUCGACAUCCGCCACGAUAUUCGGCUCAAGAUUGAGCAGACAAAGGCUUCGCUGCGCCAUACGCUCGACAACCCUGGACCGGAGCAUAGUGACGAUGAAGUGGAUCACCCGACCGUUCUCCACUCUCUCCUUGCGUCUCCCACCCUUCCUGCUGCAGAGCUUCUGACGCCGCGCUUGGAAGACGAGUCGUUCACCCUUCUGGGCGCUGGAACCAUCACCACUGCGCAUACCUUAACUACGAUCUUAUACUACGUCCUCUCCAAUCCAGCCAUCAAGUCCCAAUUGGAAUCUGAGUUGGCCGAGCUCAGUUCCGCCGCCCCCAACAAGCCAUUGAGGUUGGACCUGAAGCACCUAGAACAAACGCAGUACCUCUCUGCCGUCAUCUCGGAAGGCCUACGGCUAAGUUUCGGCGUAUCGCACCGUCUUCCGCGCAUCUCUCCAGAAACAGCGUUGCAGUAUCAGGGCACCAUAGACGGAAAGGAUUACAAAUAUAUUAUUCCGCCCGGUGUUCCCGUCAGCAUGACGCAGAUGUUCAUACACCUUGAUCCGAGCAUAUACACUUCUCCUCAUGCGUUCGAGCCUGAGCGCUGGCUCACUGAUUUGCGCGAUGACGAAGACGCAAAGGUAGGGCUGCGGCGUAUGAAGCACUAUCUAGUCCCUUUCAGCAAAGGAACUAGGAUGUGUGCUGGAAUGCACUUAGCGUAUGCGGAGUUGUAUCUCAUGCUUGGGGCUUUGUUUGCGCCUGGUGGUGUGGGGAGAAGAAUGGAACUGUUUGAGACGGGCGAUGGCGAUGUGAAGUGUGCGCAUGACUUCUUCAACCCGUCGCCGAGAUUGGAUUCGAAGGGUGUCAGGAUCGUGCUUGCUAGGGAGAAGGCUAACUAG